AUGUUCCAUGCCUUUUUUAGAUCUAUCUUUCGGGUUCUGCCACUGCUCCUUGUUCUGUCUCCAGUGAAUUCAUCUAGUUGUGCAAUGGGAAAUAAAACAACUGAAAUCCGUGUGAAGUACGAGAAUAUACUAAGCCACGACAUCAAUGAGCUGGUAAAUAUGUCUGCAGAGUAUCGUGACAGGUGCUGCAAGAAUAAAAAACAUGAAAAUAGCAAACUGUUUUUCUGCAAUGAUACUCAGGAAAUAGAAUCACUACAGAGUAUGGCAUGCAACAUGCUGAGAUUCUUUCAUAAGCAAAAAAUCAGCGAAGACUUUAGAUGGAAAGCAGCAUUAGUCUCGUGUGGGACAUUACAGGUUCUACAGUGCAAAUGUGAAAGACAUAAAAAAGAAAAGGUUUGCACACACAUAAAUACACAUAAUAAAGAAGGUACAGAAACAGGUGAACAGUCCAGAAAGAAGUGUAACCAUGAAUUUUGUGAACUGAAAGAAAAUGUAUCUAGCCUUCGAUCCUGCUGGAAUAAAUUUGAAAAAAUAAUUUCCAGGUGAUUCCAGGUGAAUCCUGCUCUUUUCUUUCAAAGUGGCAUUACUUGGUAUCUUUGCAUUUUGUAUGCAUUCUUCGAGUAACUGUGCUCGUUUGUAUGAACACUUUAUGCCAGAAUUCUGAUGGAAAGCUACUGUACCUUGUUCCUGGAGACGGAAUAAACAGAAACGGCUAAACCAAGCUGCUGAAGUCCAAGAAGUGGAAGUAAAAGACCAGCAUUUGAAACAAAGAACUUUGCAGAAGGCUAUGUUCCAGCUGUGUGCUCUGGAAACUAUUUUGAAUUUCCUGAUCUUUUGAGUAACUUUAUAAUACUGUCAUAUGAAAGCAAUCUACUUACAUGUCUACUGCGAUUUAUAAAAACAUCUUACAAGCUGCAGGUGAAGAAAACAGUAUGGCAAAGUAGCUGGUUCCUUUGUAUCUAUAUAAAAUGCAUCAAAGACCAAAAGGAAUAAUUUAGCAAACAAGCACCUGAUCUUGGGUCUGUCCUGUUGAUGCAAUGGAGUGUUCAGUGUGGGUAUGUAAUGGGUCUGCAAACUGAUUUAGGCUUGGGAAAAUGGGGAAAAGGUUGACUUAUUGAAAAACUUCGGAAGGAUACUGAUUUUUGAGAGAUGUAGCACACUUCUACUGGCUCAAGUAGAGGCAAGACAGCAAGACCUAUGGCAGGCGAAAAGGAGAUGCCUGAAUAUAAGUUGGUUCAGCUGACUGGAAACAGCACUAGCCGUAUGUGUUUGGUUAUCUUAGAGUUAGCUGCAGGAGGAGCUAGAAUUUCUUACCUUCACAUUGUGAUUUCUUAUAUGCAACUAUUUUAUAUAACGUG